AUGGAUCGUGACGAAUUCAACAAGCUCCUCACCAAGCUCAAAACUCAGACAGAUGAAUCCGUUGAUUGUUCUAAUUACAACUUGAACGACGAAAAUCUGAAUAUUAUUAUCGCCGCUUUCGAAAAUGCACCCUUCACAGCCAAGUCCUUCAAUUUUUCCGGGAAUCGAAUUACUUCUGUUGGUGCACAGGAGUUAUCAAAAUUCCUUGAAAAAUAUCCAAUAAGUGAAGUAAAACUUUGCAAUAAUUUAAUUGGGGAAGAUGGCUGCAAAUCAUUACUUUCAGUGUUCACCAAGGAGCAGCAUUUAUCUACGUGUGAUCUAUCUGGAAAUCCAUGUCCUGAGCAUUAUAUUCUUCGCAUUCACUAUCUUGCCAAAGGAAUCUCUUACCCUGAGUCUUUGAGAACUGCCCUCUUUAUGAACUCUGCGGAAAAAGUAUCCUUUGUGGGUAUGAAAUACUUGGAUAUGGACAAUCGGAUUAUAAAAUAUAUCAUUCAUGGUAUUCAAAAUUUAAAGGAAGUGGAUUUUUCAGGAACUGGGUUAGGUGAUAAUGGUGCAAUUGAAGUUGCACUGUUGCUAAAAGACAGCAACGUGGAAUCAGUCAUAAUGCAAAAUUGCCGAAUUACCGAUGUUGGUCUCGAAGAAUUCAUCAAAUCGGCAGAUCUUCCGAAUCACCGCACAAUAAAACAUAUUGAUUUCAGUGAAAAUAGAGGUAUCAGCAAUAUGUUUGCGCAAAAAAUUCCAUCCGUGGUAUUUAACACAAAUACCACAAUUGUAUCCUGGGAUUUUUCAGGCACUGAUAUUAAGAAGGAUACCAAGGUGGCAAUUGAAAGGGAGUGUGAGUUAAACACACAGCCCAAGAUAAUAAAAGAUGCUGUUGUUGCCCUUCGUACACGUUCACCUGCAGCUGCUGAAAUUAACUUCCAGUGGGUCAAGGAUGUACCCCAAUGUGUACAUUUUUUGUGGCCAUACAUUCGAGAUAGUGCUGACAUUGUAUCUCUCAAUUUGAGUAACGUUGGUAUUAAUGACAACGAUUUGGCGCUUCUUUCACAAGCACUUUCCCUGAAUACUUCACUGCGCGUUCUUGAGCUUGCAAACAACACGAUAUCCUUCACUGGUAUUCAAGCCCUUUUUGCAGCUUUUCAGAAAAAAGAGUGCAAUGUGGAGGAAAUCAACUUGGCCAACAACGAUCUUGCAGAUGACUCUGCUGCCCUCAUCAUAUGUGUCCUUCGUGCAAAUCCCAAAAUCAAAUUUAUGAAUGUGAAUGUGAACCCGCGAAUAUCAGAGGCUAAUUUCAGGGAAAUUGGUGGACUUACCUGUAUCAACCGUGCACCACCUCUCCUGCGCUCCAUUUUGGUAAAUUUAGAAAAUAACUCUCAGGACUCCGAAGAAGUUGAUCUUUCUAUGCAAAGUGUCACGAUCAAUGAUGAGUGUUUGGGACUUCUAAGUCGAGCUCUUCGCUAUAAUACUACUGUCAAGAAAUUAAAUCUCUCUAACAAUAUUAUCGGUGACGUUGGUGCAUUUUUCUUUGCCGAGGCUUUAUCCGUAAACAAAACGCUGACAGAAGCCAAAUUACUGAACAAUUCAAUUGGUAACCGUGGUGUUGAAAAGUUAUGUGAGGUCUUGUAUGAAAAUACUGCUUUAAAAGUUUUGGAUUUAUCGAACAAUGUGUUUGGAUAUGAUGGUGUCAAGGAUUUCCCUGAAAUGCUACGUGUGAACAAUUCUCUAAGGAGUGUAACCAUGAAUCGAACCCGCGUCCCUGAUGAAUUCGCCAUCACGAUUCAACGUGCGUGUGAUCUCAACCGUGAUGCCCCUGAAGUCAAAAAUAUUUUUUACAGGCUGCAGGAUUCCGAUAAGACACUGGAAAAAAUUGAACUCUCGGAAGGAAAACGUGAAUGGGCUUUGGAUGACAUCUCGAUGGCAGUUUUGUGCCACGCAAUGCGCGGCAAAUCCUUCGUGAAACUCGUUGAUUUAAGAGGGAAUAACAUUGGAACUGAAGGAUGUAAACAUUUACAGAGCGUAUUGAUUGAUAAGGAGUGCAAUAUUUUCUGCCUUAAUCUCGCAAAAAAUCCUAUUGAUGACGAGGGCUUUUCUGAGCUGAUGAAGGUGCUUCCAGAUAACAACUCCCUGUCAUACUUGGAUCUAACUGAAACGAACAUUACCAUUCACGCCUUGGAAUAUGCGAUUCCUGCUCUUAAGAAGAACAAUUCCCUCCGAUCUAUCAUUAUUGAUGAAAAUAUUGAUGGAGCUUCCCUCAAGGAAAUGAAUCGCCUGCUUGCUAUUAAUUGUGAGCCUCAUGCUCUAAAGGAAGUUUUAUGCCGCGAUGACAUGGAGCGCCCCGUUUUGGAUGUCGACCUUCAUCAGCAAUCCCUUGGUGAUUCAGCCUGUGAACUUUUCUGCCAAGCAUUUCUGGGCAGCGACACUCUUCGCUUUGUGGAUCUCUCUUCCAACAGCCUAACUUCAGAUUCUGUGAAAUUUAUCAUCGCAUUGAUUACGACAUGCCCAAAUCUUGAAGCCUUGAAUCUCUCCCACAAUCAAAUUGAUGAUUCUAGUGCAAAAGAUAUUAUUGAGUGCUUGGAAAAUGUUUCACACGUUCGCUUUAUUGAUUUGAAGGGCAACUUGUUAUCCAAUAAUAAUGAGGAACAUAUAACAUGUUUGGUCAAGCUUAACUCUGGGUCUUUAAAGCUAAAACAAAUUCUGCUCAAACGUGAACGCGAAGAAGAGUUGGAUGAGAUGAUCAACUUGAAUGGCAAAAGUAAUGAGUACAAUCUUACAGAUACUGAGGUUUUGACGCUAGCUGAAGCACUCAGCAACGUAACGAGUGUCCGUGCCUUGGACCUGGGCAACAACAAUAUCACUGAUGUAGGAUGCGCCGCGCUUGCUGAGGUUCUUCGCAACAAUCAUUCGAUAGAGGCUCUGUAUUUAGAUCAGAAUCCCCUCGGUGCACCCGCUGGUGAGGCUUUAUUUUACGCCCUUAAAAUUAACCCACAGCUUCAUACCCUUGUCCUUGAGGGGACACAAAUCCCGGAAGAAAUAUUGGAAGAUAUUGAUUCUCUUUUACAUGUUAAUCAGACUCCUCUAAAAGAUCGAAUCAACAUGCGUAACGUUCCUUUGGAGGAACUUGAUAAUAGUGUGCAGUUCCGAUCAACUGACUACUAUACCUCGCAGGCUUACAACGUUGAAAGAGAUGCACUGUACGGAUUUUGUAAGCCUGAAUUAAUUAAAAAUUGA